AUGCACGCGAGUCUCGACGACCUCCCCGACGAAAUCCUACAUCUGAUAUUACACCACAGCGAACCGGCGCAAUGCCUCGCGCUAGAAAGGACAUGUCGCAGAUUUCGAGGUAUCACAAAUGAGCCCCUAUUGUGGCGCCACUACUGCCAGUCCCGAUUUCAAUACUGGGAUGAGAAACAUAACAUUGAAGAGAAGCUGAGAGCACCGCCUUCGACAGUGGGAUGGAAGGAAUUGUAUGCCGAGAGAUAUUUCACGGAUUGGAUUACGACGAAGGGUUUAGAUGAUAUACUUUCGAGUCAAUCUGGACGCAUCAAUAAGGCGCAAAUUAUUAUUGAUCAUGGGUAUGACGUGAAGGAUACCUUGUUACGGCAUGCUCGUGCCAGUACAGAUUUGGAUGAUUAUCUGGCUAGAAGAUACUACAGUAAGGCCAUGCUAGGGUGUCUACAGCGCAAUAUAGCUAUACCGCUAUGGGCCAAUUUGAGAGAGAAUGGAAAAAACGCAACCCUUGAACGUGCUUUGGGCAGCUUUGAUCUUUUUGUCCCCCAAUGUGGGAUAGCCUCAUUUGAAGACAUACGUGACAUGCUUGACACCAUCGCAGAAAAUAUAUCGCAGCAGGUUCCAGACAUACGGAGUCUAACGCCACGUCAAAGAACGGUAUCUAUCGCUUCUUACUUGCUCACUCAUAAUUACACCGGCAUACGGGCUGGUCGGGAAUACCACAAUCUUGAACACAAUUUCCUUGGGUUAGCUCUGCGGGACCAGGGGCACAACUCAUUACCUCUGAUAUCGGCUACAAUAUACUGCGCUAUUGCGCAGAGAUUUGGACUUAAUGCCCAACCAUGCGGAUUUCCCUUUCAUGUGCUGGUCAUUAUCUUACCUGCUGUCGGGUUUGAUCUGGAUGGAAGAGAGAUAUUAGAUGGCAAUCCUGGCUCACCAAUGUAUAUGGACCCAUGGCGAUCUGAUAUUGAAGUCCCAGUCGCUGAUUUGCAGCGUCAAUUGAAUAUGUAUGGCGCUCAGAUGGUAAGCCAGUCACAAUUCCUUGGGAAGACGUCGAUGUCAGAUAUCGUUUGGAGGUGUGGGAAGAAUAUCUUGAAUUCGUUGCAAGACAUUCCGGAAGAGCCGAACGUGUUGGAUAGCGAAAGCGCUCGAUACGCGGGCCUCUGGUCUUUGAUGUUGACUACACCGGACUCUAGAUUCAACGAGGUCCGAAGAAGAUUGCCAUGGUUCAUGGAACUCUUUUUCAAGGAGUUCCCAUGGGAUAUUUCCUUGGUUGAACAGUACGUAAUAUCAAGACUUCGGGACUCGACCGAGGUCGACCAUGUCUCGGAAGGAUUGCGCGUCAUGCGUACGGUCGACGAGAUGGCAAAAACGGUCCAUCCCCGUGGACCGGAGCACCAAAACGUCAAGUAUCGAGUGGGUCAAGUUUUUAUCCAUCGGCGGUAUGAUUAUCAGGCGAUCAUCACGGGAUGGGACGCGGAAUGCGAUGCGGGCGAGGAAUGGGUGCGGCGGAUGGGCAUUGAUCAAUUGCAAGCUGGACGGAAGCAGAGUUUCUACCAUGCGCUUGUUGAGGAUCGCAGUAUUCGGUACGUCGCAGAAGAGAAUCUCCAGAUCAUCACGCCGACCAUGUCGGAUCUGUCUAGCCGCCUGCUUGCAAUUGCAGGGAAGCAUUUUAAGCGAUGGGACGAAGAUGAGCGGAAAUUUUUGUAUGCGCCUGGUGGUCGAUUCGAGUUUGCAAAAUGUAUGUUCCAUGAGUUACGCGCACCUCGUCACAUCAAUGAACUGCAAACUAAUAAUUCACUUGACAGGAAUUCCACCCUGUUUUCUACGACGCCGGAGACGUACUGGAGCCACUUUGAGGAGAUCUCCAAGUACAAUGUCCACCUCAAUGUUUUCGAGAGACUGUGGGAAGCCUGGUAUGCAUUUAUGCAGAAUGAUGUCCUCGCAACCGGCAUUAUGUCUUUCGUGAUGCACGAAGUCGUGUAUUUCGGCCGAUCUCUCCCCUGGAUUAUUAUCGACACUUUUGGACUUUUCAGAAAAUACAAGAUUCAGGACAACAAGAUUCCCACCCUCAAGGAACAGUGGGAAUGCGCAAGACUCGUCCUUCUCAGUCACUUUACAGUCGAACUUCCUCAGAUCUGGCUCUUCCACCCCAUGGCUCAAUACUUUGGCCUCACUACCUCGGUUCCUUUCCCUUCCCUGUGGACGAUGGCAUACCAAAUCGCAAUCUUCUUCGUUAUGGAAGACACAUGGCACUACUUUUCUCAUCGCGCUCUUCACUGGGGUCCUCUCUACAAAGCCAUCCAUAAGAUUCAUCACCAAUAUUCCGCUCCCUUCGGCUUGGCCGCAGAAUACGCUUCUCCAAUCGAAGUUAUGCUUCUCGGGUUCGGAACCGUUGGCUGCCCUAUUGUAUGGUGUGCUUUCACCGGCGAUCUCCAUAUCUUGACCAUGUAUAUCUGGAUCGUCUUGCGGUUGUUCCAGGCUAUUGAUGCUCACAGCGGCUACGAAUUCCCAUGGAGCUUGCACCACUUCCUCCCAUUCUGGGCUGGCGCAGACCACCACGAUGUUCAUCACGAGAAGUUCAUUGGCAACUUUGCCAGCAGUUUCCGCUGGUGGGACUACGUCCUCGACACUGAGUACACUCCUGAAUCUGUCAAGCGCUGGCGUGAGAAGAAGGCUGAGAAGGUAGCCAAGAAGGCCAACUAG